UGGUCGGGCGGCCGCGGCUGCACCCGGGAUCGCCACCUGCUGACGGCGGCCAGCGGCGUCAUCACAGACGGGCCCGGCCAGCACCGCAACGACACGUACUGCCAGUGGAUCAUCCACCCAAACGAAACCCUCGGACGGUAUGUCACGCUGACAUUCGAAGAGUUGGAGACGGAGUGCUCGUAUGAUCAGGUUUUCGUGUACGAUGGCAUCGCACCCAACACCACACUGCUGGGCAGCUUCAGCGGCAAGGGCAAGAGCGUCCCGCUACCUCUGGUCGCCUCCUCCGGAAAAAUGACGGUGCUGUUCUUCUCCGACACCAACUACGUGAUGGAGGGGUUCCGGGCGCACUACGCGGUGACGGCGUGCCCGGCCGACUGUUCGGGGGCCGGCAACCGCUGGCACGUGCUGGACGACGCGCCGCACCUCGGUCGCGCCAGGCACGCCGCCGUCUUUUUCCCGUCGCUGGACCGGUACGUGGUGUUCGGCGGGUAUGAUCUGAACCGCGUGCUGGACGAUGUGGCCGCGUACGACCUGGCGACGAGCGCCUGGACGCGCCGGACCGCGGACGAGGCGCCGCGUGGCGGCCGCCAGCCGAGCCUGCAGCUGGUCGGGCACAGCACGCUGUACCACGCGGAGGCGGACUCGCUGCUCGUGUACGGCGGCCUGGCCGUGGACGUGGUGCGCUUCCCCAUGCUCUCGGACAAGAUGUACCUGUUCCACCUGCGCGAGCUGUUCUGGUCCGAGCUGGCCUACCCGCGCGCCCAGCAGCUAGACGCACACGUGCCGCUCGAGCGCGCCUUCCACGUGGCCGCGAUAGCCGGCGACUACAUGGUGGUGUUUGGUGGCUAUACACAUCGUCACCAGCUAGAAAACAUAUGCUACGACCAUCAAAUAUUCUUCUACAAUCUGCGAUGCCACGCGUGGGUAAACCACGGCGUUCUGGAGAUCACAUCUGAUUGGUCCAGCUACCCGCUGUCGUUCGGUCUGUUCGGCGCCAGUGGUGCGGUGCGGGACGGCAGCACGCUGCUGCUGUUCGGCGGCUACCACGGCGCCGUGUCGGGCCGCCUGCUGGCCUACACGCUGCCCGACACGAUGGUGGCGCCGAGCAGCCGGCCGGCCGACCGCGACGUCAUGUGCGCCCGCCACGACACCCAGUCGUCGUGCACGGCCAACCCGGUGUGCGGCUGGUGCCCGGAGGGCCGCUGCUACGGCCGCGGCCAGGGCAGCAUCUGCACCAGCAAUCUGCAGUCGUCGCCGUGCCCAGGCGUGUGCGCCGCGCUGCGCCAGUGUCAGGCGUGCGCCGUGCACGGCGCCGGCUGCUGCGGCGCCGGCUCGGAGACCCCCUCCGGCCUGGGCGGCUGGUGGGGCUCCAACGGCACCGAGGUGACGCGGCUGCAGGAGUGCCGCACGCGCGACUUCCGGCCGGGCCUGACGCUCACCAAGUACCACAACCCGGCGGACCUCGACUGGCCCGAUGAGGUGAGCAUCAUCAACUCGACCAAGACGACGCUGCGUCUGUGGGCGGAGGCGGCCGGCCAGGAGCGCGGCCUGGUGACGGCGCGCCUCCGCGGCUACGUGCACCCGCUGGGCAGCCGGCCCAAGACGGACCCGUACCUGCGCCUCUUCAUCACCACCAGCAGCCGGUCCAGUUCGCAGCUGCUCGUCUCCACCGACCGCAGCUGGCAGCGCAUGGAGACUGUGAGUCAGAACCGGGUGACCAAGCUGCAGACGGUGGAGGCGUUCCGCGGUGACCUGUCGCCGCUGUUCGGCGGCGACCGGUCGGCGGCGUACCUGCUGCAGCUGACGGUGACGCUGCCGGAGUCGCUGACGUUUGAGUUCCUCGAGCCGUAUUCGAACGGUUCGUGCGCGCGCCUCACCAGCUGCCUGGCGUGUUUGUCUGACGCCGCGUGCGGCUGGUGCGGCGCCAGCGGCGCCUGCCUGCGCCGACGCGACCGCACCGCCCGCUGCGCGCGCCUGCUCACGCUGGCGCCGCCGCUCUGCCCGCGCUGCGCCGACCACGUGGCGUGCGCCGCGUGCACGACCGCCGGCUGUCAGUGGCUGCCGGACGGGGCGGUGCGGCCCGCCGACUGCCCGCUGCCCUGCGACCGACGCGGCGACUGCGUCAGCUGCAUCAGCGCGCCCGGCAGCUGCUCCUGGUGCACCGAGACCAGGGAGUGCUUCCUGCUCUCCACGUACACGUCCCGGUUCCAGUUCUCGCAGUGCCGCCAGUGGGUGGACCGGGACCACCUGCGCGACACGGCCGAGCUGGCGGCGCCCGGCCUGCCGGAGCUGGCGCUCCGUCAGAUGCAGUGUCAGGCGUGUGGUGCCUUCCGUUCGUGCGCCGCCUGUCUGCGCGCGCUCGGCUGCGGCUGGUGCUACGACGCCGGCGAGCCGACGCGCGGCAUGUGUCGCGAGGGUGCGCUGGCGGCGCCGGCCGAUGGACAGGUGUGCCCGGCCAACCAGACGAGCUGGGCGUUCGUCGAGUGUCCGGACGUGGACGAGUGUCGGCUGGGCACGCACGACUGCCACGAGAACGCCACGUGCGCCAACACGCACGGCGCCUUCAACUGCACCUGCAACGUGGGCUUCACCGGCGACGGCCGCAACAGCUGUGAAAGGACGUGUGUGGAGGACUGUCGCCCGGGCCGGUGUUCGGGACCGCCGCACUACCGCUGCAACUGCGACCUGGGCUGGAGCGGCGCCGACUGCAGCGUCGACUGCGGCUGUCACAACCACUCCACCUGCUCCGGCGGACCGGGCCUCUGCGACGCGUGCCAGCACCGCACCACCGGGCCCUACUGUCAUCUCUGCAGUGUGGGCAGCUUCGGCAACGCCACCUCGUCGGCCGGCUGCCAGCCCUGCCACUGCAACGGCCACGGUGAUGUCGGCCUCAACGUCUGCGACGUCGCCACGGGCCGCUGCUUCUGCCAGGACAACACGGAGGGUGACGGCUGCGAGCGCUGCGCGCCCGGCUACUACGGAGACCCCCGGGACGCGGGCGUGUGCUACCGGGGCUGCGAGUCGCGCGGCGUGGCGCUGGCCGCCACCGAGGGCCACAUCGGCUGCCAGCGGCACCGGCCGCCGGCCGGCCGCGGCCCGCCGCACGACACCCACUGCCUCUGGGUCAUCACCGUGUUCGACAGCCUCGACCACGCGCCCAUCUACGACAGUCUGCGCGAGACGCUGGAGCUGCGCGUGGGCCCGCUGCGACACGUGCCGUGCGACCGGAGCCACGUGUACGUGUACGACGGCCUGCCGGAGAGCGUGUCGACCAGCUCCCACUGGGACCGGCAGCAGCACGCGCUGGCGGUCGGCUUCCUGACGGUGUACUUCGAGCAGCACUCGCCGUCGGAGGGCUUCAACGCCAGCUACCGUGUGCUGCGCUGCCCUGACGGGUGCCCGAGCGGUCGCCGCUGCGUGGCCGGCCUCUGCGUCUGCGGCGCCGGCCGCUCCGGCCCCGGCUGCGCGCCGCACCCCUGUCCGGAGCGGAUCGUGCACGGCCGCUGUGACAUGCCGUACGGCCGUGUCGUCUGCGACCCAGGCUACGUGGGGCCGCACUGUAACGUCACGGCGCUGCCCGGCCACGUGAUCUACACCGAGCUCUUCAACGAGAACCACGUGGAAGAGUCGCUCAAGUACCUGCAGACAGUGCUGCCGCGGUUCGGCCACACUCUCACGGCCGACCACUACAGCUCGCUCUGGCUGUUCGGCGGAUACUCGCUCUCCCGCGGCGCGCUCAACGACAUCCAGGAGUUCGAGACGCGCGGCAACACCUGGCAGCAGGUGACCGUGCAGUACCAGCCGUCCCGGCCGUACGUGCCCCGCGGACGCUUCUUCCACGCCGCCGCCUAUGUCGUCUCGCAGCGGGAGAUCUACAUAUACGGCGGCACCGACGGCAACGAGUUCCUACGCGACUGCUGGCGCUUCCACAUCAAGACCAAGAUGUGGAACGAAGUCAAGGUGCCGUCGGUGCUGCCGCCGCUGGCCGGCCACUCGCUGACGUACCGGCAGCGGGACGGGCUGCGCAGCCUGCUGCUGCUGGGCGGCUUCUCGCCGCAGCACGACUGGCUCGCCGACGUCUGGGAGUAUGACGUCACGCGCGGGGCGUGGCUGCGGCUCAACUGCACCGGCUCGGCACCCAUGGGCAUCUACGGCCACUCGGCGGCGUACCACGCGCCCACGGACACGGUGUAUGUGUUCGGCGGCGUGGUGGCACGGCGCGGGGCAGCCGUGGCCAGCGCCGCUCUCUUCAGCUUCCGCUACCAGCAGCGGUUCUGGAGCGUGCUGCCCGCCGACCGCGGUCUCAACCCUCUGCAGCGGCACAUGCCGGGCCACCGUCUCUUCCACACGGCCGUCACGGCCGACUACUACAUGCUGGUGAUGGGCGGCGCCGGCUCGGACGGCGACCUCUUCGCCUACCUGUACGCCUGCAACAUGUGGCUGAGGAUCAGCGACAAAGACCACGCCGUGUUCGGUCGCCUACCGGCCGGCGUGGCUGGCCAGGCGGCCUCCCGGCUCCGCGGCGCGGUCUACCUGUUCGGCGGCUACCGGGGCCGCGUGGAGGCGCGCCUGCAGCGCAUCGAGCUUCCCGAUGACCUGUGCAAGCUGAACCUGCACAAGAACAAGUGCAAGGGCCAGUACGGCUGCAGCUACUGCCAGGUGACCGGCCCGGCCGCCAACAUCACCUACUGCUACACCAACAAGAAGCACCUGCCGUCCGUCUGCGAGAACCAGGUGGGCACGGUGGAGUUCUCGUCACGCCACCGCGGUCGCUGCAACGCCUCCGUGGUGGAGUCGCGCAACUGCUCCGAGUACACCAGCUGCGACGCGUGCCUGGCCGAGUGGCCCCACUACCAGGGCGUGCACCCGUGCACCUGGGAGCCGGCGGGGCCGCUGGCCGCGCUCUCCUUCCCGCCGCGCACGGCCGCCGUCUGUCCGGAGCGUGUCUGCGAGGCGGCCGACUGUCUGACCUGCGAGAACCUGAAGGGCUGCCUCUGGGACGCCCGGCCGGUCGUCUACAAUUUUCCGUCGUGGUGGCGGCCGACGGACGGCCGCUGUGUCAGCGCCCUCUCCGCGCCCGAGGUCAUGGGCGUGCGACGCAACUGCGGCGUGCCGUGCGCGCUGCGCCAUGACUGCCGCACCUGUUUGGACGGCAACUGCUGGUGGAGCCAGCAGCUGGGGCAGUGUCUGUGGCCGGGCUACCAGCCGCUGAUGUGCCUGGCGGGCGUGUGCGGCUCGCUGGUGACGAGCGCGGCGCAGUGUCCGCUCAGCUGCGAUCAGCACGCCACCUGCCAGUCCUGCCUGCAGCGGCCCGAGUGCGGCUGGUGUAACCUGGCGACGCCGCUGGGCGGCGCCGGCCUCUGCCGCGACGGCGGCCUGGAGCAGCCGCGCGACUCCUGCUACGUGCUCAACUACACGGUCGUGCCGGCCCAGCCGGUCGUCUCGUGGAACUACACGGCCUGCCCGGCCGAGAACGAGUGCGCCAACGGCCACCACACGUGCCACCCGGACUCGGAGGUCUGCGUCGACCAGCCGGUCGGCUUCACCUGCCAGUGCAGCAGCGGAUACGUGCUCAGCGGGGACACGUGCCGGCCGGUGUGCGAGCAGGGCUGCAAGCAGGGCACAUGCGUGGAGCCGAACCGGUGCCGGUGUGACUUCUCGUACGUGGGCGCCAGCUGCAGCCGGCGCUGCCAGUGCAACGGACACUCGGACUGCGCCGGCGACGACCAGCUCGACGUCUGCCUCCAGUGUCACAACAACACCAUGGGCGACCAGUGCGAGAAGUGUCAGCCGUUCUUCGUGGGCGAGCCGAGCAAGGGCCCGUGCGUGUCAUGCCUGGACUACUGCAACGGCCACUCGGACACGUGCAUCGCCGCCGAGCUGGCCGCCCGCUACAACAUGACCGAGCUGCGCCAGAUGCCGCGCGGCUCCCUGAAGGCGCUGGUGACGGAGGGCGCGCGCCAUGAGGCCGUCUGCCUCGACUGCAAGCACAACACCAACGGCAGCAUGUGCGAGCUGUGCCAGCCGGGCUUCUUCCGUGGCAGCACCAGCGCCCUCAAACACUGCGUUCCGUGCCGGUGCCACGGCCAUGGCACCAUGUGUGAUCCGGUGGACGGCGACAACUGCGACUGCCACAACAACACCGAGUCGGACGCCAGCUGCCGGCAGGAGGCCGGCAAGCGCGCCCAGCCCUGCUGGAAACUGCAGUGCGUCAAGUGUCGGGACAACUACCGCGGCCGCCCGACCGAUGGUCACCAGUGCUACCGGCAGAUGCAGGUGGACCUCGACUACUGCUUCGACCCAGCCAACCCAGAUCUCUGCGGCCGUUACGGCGAACUGCUCGAGGGCCGCACCGUCUUCUACGCCGCCCGGCCCAAGUACCUGAACGUGGACAUCCGGCUGUCGGUGGACGUGGUGGAGGGCGCCGUGGACGUGUACCUGACGGCGCACGAAGACGCGCUGCGCGUAAACGUCAACGGCUCCAGCGGUCGGCACCGGGUCGAGUUCGACCCGCGCUACGAGGGCGUGACGCCAGUCGGCGGCCGGCCCCGCCGCCGCGCCGACAACGCCACCGGCGCGCCCCGACACCAGCUGCUGGCGCGCACGGCCGCCGACAUCAACACCUACAUCCGGCUGCCGGGGCAGCAGCACAUGCUGCUAGUGCGCAACCUGCACCGGCGGCUGACCGUGCAGCUGCCGCAGGACCGGUACGAGCUGCGCAGCACCACCUUCUUCGUGGCCCUGCUGAGCGUGGGCGACCGGCCCGCGCAGGGCACCGUGUUCUUUCGCCAGGAUCAGCCCAAGAUGAACAUGGCCGUCUUCUUCUCGGUGUUCUUCUCGUGUUUUUUCCUGUUUCUGGCGCUGUGCGUGUCGCUUUGGCGGCUGCGGCGGCUCUCGAGCCGGCGGCGCACGGUGCGCCGCCAGGAGGCGGAGAUGCGCAGCAUGGCGCGCCGGGCGGUGGCGCGCGUGGCGCUGCUGCUGCAGCAGGACGAGGAGCCGGCGGUGGCCACGCUGACGCGCCGCCGCCGCCGGCCAGAGACGGCCGUGCGGCCGGCGGCCGUCGAGCCGUGCGCCGACGGCGCGGCCGGUGUCACCACCGUCUUCCUGCAGCUGCCGGGCGGCGCGGCGGCGCCCACCCGACUCUGCCUGGGCUCCAGCCUGACGCUGCUCAACCGCGCCGGUCCGCACAACUCGCGUCUGGCCGAGCUGCUGCGCCGCUCUGGUCAGAACGCCUGAUCUCGCCGCUGCCGCCGGCCCGGCACGGGCGCCGGACUCGCCGCGCGCGCGCGCGCCGACGUCUGCCCGAGUGCCAGGCUUCGGUACCCUUUCGCCAGUGAUACGCAGCACACGCGAGCGUCGCUUGCGAGGUGCUGUCGCGCGCCGGUCGCGCUCGUGUGACGGACGCUCAUCGUGCGGCGCGCAGUGCGCCGACCACUCCGUCCCAUCAUCACCCGA